AUGUCCUCCAAAAUAGCAGAGUCAGUUGCUGAAUGCGCCCUGAGCCACUAUAACAAGAAUAUUUCGAAGGGGAAGCCAAAAGAUCAGUCAGAAUUUACAGUUUAUGCGUCUAUUGUUGCACAACAGGAGGACAAUUUCUGGGUGGUAUCGGCCGCCACAGGUACAAAAUGUACUGCUAUUCGAAAGCAAGGCUUUGUGCUCCAUGACUCGCAUGCGGAAAUACUUGCUCGACGUGGCUUGGUGAGAGUGCUGUGGCUACAGAUCAACGCAAUCUCAAAAUCUCAAUCGUUCUCAAAGGGGCGACUUUUGCUUGAACAAGAACCUUGCAAAGAGAAGUAUAAGAUCCGUCAAGAUAUUGCUCUUCAUCUAUAUGUUUCAGACUCGCCCUGUGGUGAUGCGAGCAUCUACGGUGCUAGCUCGGGAUUUUUUUUCACGGGGGCCAAGAUUAUUGUUUCUAAAGAGACCGGCGUUACUUCAACUGUAUGUGGUGGGGAUACUCAGCUCCUUCAAGGUGCACCGAUUGCGCGGGAAAACUCACAGCUCUUGAGUAGUUUGAGGUGCAAGUCUGGCCGCUCCAAUCUACCGUCACAUCUUCGUUCAACUAGCAUGUCAUGCUCAGACAAAAUUGUAAAAUGGAGUAUACUAGGUCUACAAGGAAGCCUACUUUCUAACCUCUUCAAGGAGCCAGUGUUGCUUUCUAGCAUUGUUGUAAGCCAAGAUACUCGGAUUAUCCCUGACACCAACCACCAACUAGAAGCCCUAGAACGAGCGAUUCCAAGUAGGGCAAGGGCAGUCUGGAACUACGUUGCUAAAACACACGAUACAUCUUCGAAAUGGCAAUGGAAAGAUCACAUUCCGUCAGUCCAUGUGGUUCGGAGUGCUUUCUCUUCAGGUAAAUCUGCUCUUGCUACAACUCUUGGAACUCCGUUUACAUCUCGGGAUGAACCUUCUCGACCCCCACCGUACAAAAAGACAAAGUUGUCAUCGGAAGCAAGUCCAAACCGAAAGGUAUCUCCUUGUGGAUUUGCAAUGAAUUGGCAGUGCACUGAUCCGAAUGUACCAGAAAUUCUGAUUGGAGCGAGAGGAAUUCGUCAGGGCAAGAAGCCUUCUGGAAAGAAAUUGGAAGAAUAUCAAAAAUUGAGCAGCCGGCUGUCAAGACAGUCACUGCUACAGCGCUGUACGGUGAUUUUCUCAACGGACAUUACCCAAUACCAAGCCCUGAAAUCAAACGAAUCGGACUCAAAUUGGAAGCUGUUAAAGACAGUGAUCCUUGAUGGUGGUCCAUUGUCAGGUUGGCUUCGGGAGCAAGAUGAUUUCCCUUUGCACCUUACAAGUGAGCAAGGAUAA